AUGGCGGUGAGCGUAGCCAUGCUCCACAAGUUCGCGCUCGCAUUCAAGACCAAGACCAUCGAGUUCUUGGACGAGGAGGAGGAGGACGAGGACGCCGACCGAUUCACGCGCCGCGCGGCGGCGCCGGGCGGAUGGGGUCCUUGCCGGGCAGCGGUCGGCAUAUUCCAGGUUGGCCGGGGCACAAAGUUCUCAAUGGUGUACAUGGAGAACAUUGUCCGGUCGAAGGGUUUUGUGGCGAGCAAGGAGCUCGGGAAGCCAGUGCGACCAAAGGUCGGGUUCAUGGUAGUGCCGGGCUUCCGGCUUGGAGGUACGGUGAUCCAGUGUAGGGUGUAUCUAGAUCAUGGGAAGAGGGAAGAAGACAUUAUAGAUUCGAUUUGA